GGCUGGUAGACUGGGACCUGGACGGAGAGAACAGCGCCAACACGGUGAUGAUAGACUCAUCAGGGAUAGCAAAAAGAACAAAAGCUUCUUUCUUCUAGUCAUAAACAGAUGAGUAACCGCAUCAAAUCACUUCUGGUACUCUAGCAAGCUCUGACAGACCCCUAACCAGGCACCGUCGCGGUCAAGAUGGCGGUUUGGCAACGACGAGUAUACAGAACCCACCAUAAACAUCUUCCCCAUACGAACUGUGCUAUGAACAAAACACCAUCCUGUCCUCUCCACGCCUCCUACGUACACCAUCACCAUCGAAAAGCCACCAAACCCACCGCCGAUGAAACCACGCGUCCUCACUGGCUCCGACGGACGCACAUCGCCCCUACCGCCAAGGAGCGCCGGCGUGGUGCGGACACGAUGAUGCGGGCACGAUGAUCCCGGCAGCGAUGAGUGGGCGGAAGGGGGGCCGAAGGGGGGCCGAAGGGGGGCGGACUGGGAUGUACGGUGGUGAGGACCUGAGGAAGAUGGGAGAGAGAUACGACGAGGAAGGGACGGCGUGCAUAUAUGGGUACGACCGAUCCAUCACCUGGGCUGGGGAUGGAUCGGUCGUCAAUUCCUUCCACCACCAGCACGUCCUUCCCCCACCCCGCGUACAUCUCAUACCGCCACCUCUGUCGGCGUUGUUCGCGGCUCGCUGCGCUGUGUGCCGAACAACUAUUUCUGGAGGCCUGCCUCCCCCUUCUCCUGACAUCUUGUCGAGGUUAUGUUCUGUGCCGAAGACAUUCGAACAUCUUGCGACGAUAGCGAACAAUGCUAUGAUGGCUUCGGGCCCAAAUGCUAGACUGUUUCUAAAGGAUUCGGAUAUGGCGAAAGGAAGCUGAGAAUGAUUCGGGAGGACUCGAACGACGACUCGGAUACUUCGCUAGCAACGAAGAAAUUCCGGGGUCCUACAACGAAGGCAGCCCGACAGGCUGCGAAAGCUGUGCGCGACGCAGCUAAAAAGCGAAAAUAUGCUUCUAAAUCAAAGAAUGUCACGAAACCUUCAGCACUACUACGCCGUGACGACGAGGAUGAUACUACUAGAGCUGGUACCGUACUUAUUUCGGUUUGAUUCGGUAGCAACGAAUCCCUCUCUUAGUGUCUUUAAUCUAGUGUAGCAAUACAGUAAAUCCUCGAUAUGACCGAAGCUUUUCCUUUCUGUUUAGCACCGAGUGCCGAAGCGCGCAAAUAUUCUCAGUAGCAACGAAUCUUUCUCUUUCUUUUAGCAAUGGUGUUUUUUCAAUGGAUAGUUUCGGUGGAAUCGGAGGGCUCGGAGUUCGUUUGGUUUAUACAGGGCAUAUAGGCAUUGGUUUGGUAGGAGUGUAGGAUAUCAGACAUCUGCAUUACUAGCACAUUAUACUAUGGAUCUUUCAGUAGUACCGUAGCGUUGAUAACUUCAUUCAAUACUACUUAUGAACUAU